CUAAACGAGACCCUGUCAAACCUAAAUCUAAAUAAGGAUUAUGAAAUCUGAAUGUUUAAUCUAAAUGCUGUAGUGAAUCGUUCUGUGCUAACAUUAAAUAACAAUUAAUCGAUUGGCCGGCUAGCAGCUGUUGAUCGGGUACCCUCUCAAUAUGGGACCUUUCAUAAAUUUGGUCCAAUUGGAAGCGGGCCGCGCAUGCUCAGCAAAGAGUGUGGGUGUUUUAUCAAAAUAAUAAGUCCUGUGUGUCAGUGAUGUAAGGACGUGAUACGCCGCCGGCGACCCGGCGCGCGUUUAAAAUGACUUAGCACCCAUAAGCCCCUGCUUAUUUACUAAAUAUACGAUUUUGUAAUAGGAUUUUAGGAAGUUGGUGGUUUUACGUCAAUUGUUGUUGUGUAUAUCGAUUAUAUUAAAUUAAUUUAAUUAAAGUUUUUUAGAAGAUUCUACGUUAGCAGUUAAUCAAGCUAGAAUUAAGUAUGCCUGACUGGACAUGGCUUUUGCUGGCAGCACUGCUGGGUGCAGUUUCUGCCCUGGCAGUGCCUUUGGGAUUGCUGUUGUAUUUUCUUAGACCAUUCGAGAAGAAGAUGCCAGAGCAGGAAGAAGUUUGUACGCCACUCACGUUGCCUCCGGAAAUACUGAAUGAGUUGACCCGUGGAGCUGGGAGUACACCAGAGGGCUCCCUAAACGCCAUGCUGCAGUUCAUAUUCCAACAAAGCACAGCCGAUACGCGCUGGUUGCGCAGGCGCAUGGCCACUGAGCUUGCUGAGCUACUCGCCAAGACCUCAUCCGGAAAGAUCUUUGAGUCACUAACUCUCCGUUCCCUGGAAGUGGGCUCUGAGUUUCCGAUAAUCACGAAUCUUCGGCUACUGAGUGGGGAGUUAGAAGAAGACGGCGCAAGGCUCAGGUCGUUGGACCUCCGCCUGGACCUCGCCUAUGACGGCAACUUCAGGAUAGACGUGGACGCAGUCAUGCUGCUCGGCAAGAUAGCCAACAUAUCAAUCACAGUGGAAAGUAUAAGCGGGAGCGUACGAGUAAUGUUCCGCCGCAACCCCUACACCCACUGGGCGUUAGCUUUCGAGGCGCCACCAAAACUGGAGCUGCGAGUGCGAGGCCGCUUCCAAGGCCGCCAAUUGAAGCCGCGACUGGCCUCACUGGUUGCAGCGCAUAUCCGACGAGCGGUUGCACAGAGGCAUACGCUGCCCAACUACAAGAUACGUUACAAGCCGUUCUUCCCCAAGUCAGAGCCCGGUAGUGGGGAUGGCGAUGACGGACCGACGCCAAACGGCAGACUGACGGUGCGCCUCGUAGAGGUAACACGUCUGCAGUGGUCUGGCGCCAACUGCACUGUAAGAGCGGCGUUGGCAGUCGACUCGCAUGGAUGGGUGUCGCUUCGUCGAGGCAUUCUAGUGCUAGACAUAGUUCUGCCGGCUGUAACGGGCCCGUUAGGCCUGGUCUGCUGUCAGGGCGUGGGCGUAGUACUUGUGGACACGGUGGUGCCGAUGUCUCCCGCGUAUAGAGCCGACUUGCGGAGAGACGACGUAGUGCUGGCCAUAGACAACAAACCUAUCAAUAAUGUGGCGCAGGUGGGCAAACUACUCCGCUGUGUAGACAGGCGCGCAGUCACGGUCCGAGUCCGCCGCGGCGGCGCUAGUUCCGUCGUGCGACGAGACGAGUCCACAACGGAGACACGUCGCGUGCGGACCAACUUCACCUUCCGCCGCGUAUCCGAGGUCAUGGAGGGCGUGCGGCUGCAGAGCAUGCGUGCCGCCGCUUCCAGGACCAAUCUACAGGAAUCGGAUUCUCCAUCAAAGGUGCCCGAACCGCAACCUGAAGCUGAGUCGCCGCCUAAACCGAAACAGGAACCUACACGCCAAGCCUCAAAGGCUACGGAACCAUCCACACCUGGCGGUAACUUGCUGCGCAAACGCAGGUGUUCCGUAGAAAACAAGUCUUCCGACAGCUCAGCUGGCAGUACCCCUCCAGCUUCUGGUGCGAGCACACCUCUUAAACAGGCCUCAGCUGUCAACAAAUCUGUCAAACACCAGGAUAUACCAAUCAUCAGAACCGACUCAUCAGAAUGUAAAAACGAGAAAGGUGACAUGUUAGACGAAGAGGACCAUGUAUUCGAAACAGGCGGACCAAGACAGAGUGAACACGUAGAGAUAUGUCAAAUGUUUUGGACUAAGAAUUUACAAUUAAAACCUAUCAUACCUUUUGACGAAGAAACAGAGUUUAAGUUGAAUGAAAAUCACAAGUAUUUGAAUAUGAACGUGUGGGCUACGGUACCCGGUGAGAAAGAAGAGGUUUUAUUAGGCUAUUUAAAUAUACCCUUAACUGCAUUGCUUGCGGAGUGUCAGGAUUCGACAGUUCCGCAUCACAUGAAGAGGUAUCAAUUCCUACCUCCGGACGUAGAUAUCAAGUUCAGCAAGAGCCACAAGCUAUCAUCGCACGCUGGAUUUGAACCAUGCCUUUGUUUUGGCGACGCACUCGUUUGGUGGGAAUGGGAGGGUGCAGGAAUUAUUAGCGGGAGUGCAAACUCUAACGCGUCUAGAAGUCCCCGACAAUCUCGAGAUACUGCCCCCAAGCCUCCAAAACCGACCAGAGCGGCACAUGAUUUCGUACGGACCCACUUCCACAGAUCUACGCAGUGCGACUUCUGUAAUAAGAAGAUAUGGUUGAAAGACGCGAUGCAGUGCCGGAACUGUGGACUCUGUUGUCACAAGAAGUGUGUAGCCAAAUGCCAGGAAUCGUCACCUUGCAUAUCAAAACAGGACCGAGAUACUCCAGGUGGUAUAGGCUGUCCACCCCCUGAACUGAUAACCACAGAAGCGGAUUCGAUUGUCGACCCCGAUUCCGACGACGAACCAGAAAGAAAGGACUCCUUGGACGUCCAUGAAGAAGGUGGUGGGACAAUGAGCGCGUUGGUGGCUGGCUUACGGCGCGCGGGAUCAGCGCACUCGCUGUCCGCGCCACGCACUUGCUCAUCAUCACGCUCACUACCGCCCUCGCCGAGUCACACGCCCAGUCCUUGUAACGCAAAGGAAGCAGUCGCUGGAGCCGUCGGGGAACCCGUUCGGCGGCUGCGGGCUGACGUGGCUGCAGCGCGGCGACGUGAGCGCCAUCCUACAGCCGGCCCUGCGCAGCGCCCUUCCGCCGGACGCGCUGCUCGCGGCCGCGCGGGACUCCGCCCCUGAGCUCGCCGCCAAGCUCACCGCGCAACAGAUACAUGAGAUGCUGCAAGCAGUUCGUGAGGAGUUAUCGUCAGAAGACGCGCAAGGCGGUAGCGCAGCAGCAGACAACGGAGAAGCACGCGCCUGCGCUCUGACCGCACUCAUGCUGCACUGCUGCGCCGCGGCGCAAUUGGCACAGCAACGCGUCGAGCCUGCGCCAACCUGACCCAAAUAAACUUUUGAUCAUUGUGACUUGUCGUUUUAUUGGUUCAAAACCAAA